AUGCUUGAUGGUACUGAAGUCCUUGCCCGAUUGCCAUACCCCUCAACAGAACCAGGGCGAUUGGUAGUCGCUAGCGAGGUGGCGACCUUGGCGCUCCUUCGGGCUCAUAGUCUUCCUGUGCCUCGUGUGCAUGCAUACUCUACAGAUGCUAAAAAUCCUGUUGGCUCAGAGUAUAUCAUCAUGGAGAAGGUACCAGGAAGACCACUUGGUGAUCAGUGGUUCGAGUUAUCUGAUCGAGAACGUCUCAAAUUGCUUCUGCAGCUUGUACAGCUAGAAGCAAAGGUUCAUGCUAUCGAACUUCCUGCGAGCAGAAGCAUAUACUAUCCCAACGACCUACCAUCGGACUCACCGCGCAUUCUCAUCCCAGACUCAGAUUUCUGCAUCGGCCCUAAUGCCGCUCUCGAAUGGUGGUUUGCAGAGCGUGCCUCGCUCCGUAUUGACCGCGGUCCUUGUGAGGACCCUAUCGAUGUUCUCCGAAACCCUGCGCUGAAAGAACUGGCCUGGCUGCGCGCGUAUGGCCGACCGCGAUUCCCGUUUCAGCGUGCAUAUCGCGAAUCUAUAGAUUACCGAUUGUCUGACCCCGAUGAGCAUAUUGUCUCGCUAGAAUCCUUCCUCAAGAUUGCUCCUGAACUGCUCCCGUCGAAUGAAUUUUUACGGCCUGUUCUUCGCCACCCUGAUCGUCAGCCGAAUAACAUUUUUGUCUCGGAUAAUCUUGACAUUGUCGGAUUAAUUGACUGGCAACACGCAUCUGUGCUGCCACUCUUUCUCGCCGCAGGGAUCCCGAAAUCCUUUCAGAACUUCGACGACCCUGAAUCCCUUGAAUUUCGCCAGCCUCCUAGACCAGAUUUAAGCGACAUGGACGAGGACGAAAAGAUCGACGCUCUUCAUGAUUUUCAGCGUCGUCAUACCCACUUUUUCUAUUUAGCCUUCACGCAGCUUUUCAAUGACCCUCACUUCCGCGCCAUGGAUCAGCCUACGAACAUGCUUACGCGCCGGAUUUUUAACCAUGCGAGUGAGCCCUGGGAGGGGAAUAACAUCCAACUCCAGGCCGACCUUGUUCUUAUCAAUAAAACCUGGCACAACUAUUCAACCGACCCGUGUCCGAUAUCAUUCUCUACGACCAAGUCUGAUUCCAUCAUGCACUUACAAAGCAUGCAGGAAGAGGUCGAUAUCCAACUCAAACAUAUUCGCAAUGCCAUUGGCAUAAGUAUGGACGGUUGGACCCCCCUGGAAGAAUAUGAAGCUGCUUGUGCCCGUGCUUGUCAGGUGAAAAUCGAUGGCCUUGCAUCCCUUGGCAUAGACCAUGAGCGCGAAAUGACGAAACGACACUGGCCGUUUGAUGAUCACAACGAGGACGAGUAG